UUUUCAUUGCCGAUUCGAAUUGUACCCCAGCCCAUAAAAUCUUUAUACCUAUUUAUUACAUUACUGUAUUUUCUGGUUAAAACUUAAGAGUUUAGUGAUUUAAACUGUUAUUAAUUUACAACUCUGUGUGUAAAGUGUAUAGGUAAACUUAAUAAACAUAUCUGAGAUUGUGUUUAUAGCAUAGAAAUAUUAAACUAUGGAGAUAGACGCAUCUAACAUAGACGAAAAUAAUCAAGAAAAACAAUCUGUAGAAAGCUCAGUUAUUCCAGAGAAUCAAAAGCCUGAAACAAAUAUACUACCUACACCAUCAGCUGCUAAUAAUAUUAGUGAGAUCGAUUCCACUUCAAAUUCUGUAAGCAAGGAAGGCAAAGUAAAGAAACCCAAAAAACGUAAACCAAAAGUUCUUCGUGAUGUUACUGCCCCUCGACAACCUCUAACUGGAUAUGUCCGGUUUUCAAAUGAGCGUCGUGAACAACUUAGAGCAGAACAGCCAGAGCUUGGCUUUGCAGAAUUAACAAAAAAAUUGGCAAGCGAAUGGAGUAAGUUACCUGUAGAGGCAAAGCAACAAUAUUUAGAUGCUGCAGAUCAUGAUAAAGAAAGGUAUAUGAAAGAGUGGACUGAAUAUAAAAAAACAGACUCAUAUAAAGAGUUUCGAAGACAGCAAAUGGAACAAAAGGAUCCUAAUAGUUCAACAAAGAAGUUAAAACAGAUCCAAUCAAAUGAAAAUAAUGUUUCAGGUAAUGCACCAAUUGAUCAAACAGUGCCGGUAACAAAUACCACCUCAGCCUCUACAAACAAUACAACUCGCCUAGCUACACCGCCCAGAACAAGACCUUGUGUGACACCAGCAUUAGGAGAGGAUCUUGGUGAUACAGAUAUACCAAUAUUUACCGAACAGUUUCUCCAGCACAACAAAUUAAGGGAGUCAGAGUUAAGACAGCUAAGAAAGGCCAAUUCAGAUUAUGAACAACAGAAUGCAACUUUGCAACGCCACGCUGAAGAAGUGAGCGCGGCGACAGCUCGGCUUCGAGCAGAAACCGCAGCAGCGGCGGAGCGUACAGCUGCGCUGGUUGGACAUCGCAAAGCACUAGUCGCUGCCUUGGUGCAAGCUUUGCAGUCCACUAUUUUACCUCUAUCAGGUGGGCCAGAAGGUGCUACAGAAAGCAAUAUAGAGGAAUAUAUGGAAAAAUUGCAAAACAUGGUGACUGAGAACAAGAACAAUUCAUUGCUAAAGCAAGCUCUUGACAAUCUUAACUAUGUUUCAUUUCAUCUGCCAGUCCUGGGUCAAUAAACAAAACCUAUCUAGGAAAAAAACAGCUGGCUCAGAAAGAACCACACACUAUAUAAUUUGGCUAUUUAGUUGCUGUGGCAUAUAUAAUUAGUAAUUUAGGGUGGAUGACACAAGAAGGAUAGCCAGGAUAGAAAAGUUUAGAAUAGUAAGAGAAGGAUCAAAAUGGCGCAUUUGGAACAGGCGGUCAUUGAGAGACAAGCUGAUUGGAUGUAAUAAUAACAAUAGUAAUUAAUGUAUAGAACAUUUAAAAUAUGACCACUUAGUUACAGUGAUGAUAAAUUAUAUUAUAUAAAUAAUUCAUUAUAGACAAAUAAUAGAAGGGGAGCCCAAGAAUGUAAAUAGUGUUUUACUCGGGUGUUGUCAGAGUUGGUCCUAUUGAAUAGUGACGGUUGAAUGCUAAAAACAAAAUAAAUAAAGUAUUCCCUUUCGCUGGUGAGAAAAGAUAGUCUAUCGCGUCAGAUAUAAUGCGUAUGCAUCCCGCGUCUUACUGAUAGAGUGAAAAUAAUAAACUUAAACUAUUCAUAUAGGUAACCAAGUACACUUAUGAACGUCAACAGAUAUUAACUUGAUUCUAAAUUAUCAUUUACUACCAAUUCGCAAGUCAAGGGCUUAGAGCGGGCAAGAACUGGUAAAAAACUCUCUGUCACUCUUUUUAAUCUGCCAGUUUUCAUGAUGGAAGUGGCCGUAAUAAGGGGUAGGAAAUAUUCUAGCGCGUCAGGUAAUAAGGGGUGUUUAGUGAACUCGCUAGCAGCUCCAGAAGACUGACAAUUUUGUCGCGACCAUAGUAAAUGGACGUUUUUUCUAAAUGAAAACAAAAAUAGUGACCUCGAAACACUCAAGCGUGUCAGAAUAUUAUACGGACGCUUCAUCCUGGUGUCCGUGUCGUACUGACUAUUAACCUGAAAAUUUUGUGGAGGAUUUUUGGUUAAAAAACAAUUUUUUAAGGAAAGUGGCUCGAAGUGUGAUUUUUAUUAACGAUUUUGCCGCGUGUAGUGCAAAUCGGCAAAAUCAACCAUGGUUGAGAAUUUAUUCUAGCAAUCUAUUUUUUUUACUUAUCUAAUCUGCCCUAAACUAUAAAUGUUUGACCCUAUAUACAGGGCUUAGGUAUGGUGGGUACUUCACAAGGUUGCUCCCCUUAUGUUAUUGAUUGCAAAAUCACCGCUUGGGCUUCUCUACUAUACAUCAUUAUUAAACAAAAGUGUAUAUCAAAUUAUAAUUUCUAUAAAUGUAAUAAGAAUAUUUUAUUAUGAAUGACAUGGAAAAUAAUUUGGCAGUAAUCACCUAUUUUCUGCUUUUUAUUAAUGAAGUGUAAAUAUUGACAAUAAAACAAUUA